AUGGAUCGAGGGUGGUAUCACGGCCAGGAUUACUAUCCUCAUACCGCCCUGCAUGCGCAUUCGAGGCUGUCACCCACCGAUGACUUGCUCACCUCAGUCGCUUUCAACUACCCGCCGCGCCCUGAACCCGACAGCGAGGCUCUGACAGACCAAGGCCCGCUAUACCCUCCACUUGACCGCUCCAUGAACGGUCACGCGUUUCCGCAGUAUCAUGACCAUGGUGCGCCACGGGUCGAUGGUCUAGCGCCUAUAUCCCCUCUGCAGCCACAGUACAAUGGCACUGCUUUCCCCACGCCCUAUCCGGAUAGCAACGCGUCGUCGGCCCCCAGCGAGGAUCCCCUCAUUGCCGAUGUCGAAGAGGAUAAGCGUAAGCGCAACCAGGCCGCGUCGGCGCGUUUCCGGCAGAAGAAGAAGCAACGUGAACAGCAGAUGAUGGAACAGACUCGUGACAUGCAAGAGAAGAAUAAAAGACUAGAAGGAGAAGUUGAAGGACUGAAGCGAGAGAAUACUUUCCUGAAGAAACUACUCGUGGAAAAGAUCGACAACAUGAGCCCCGAAGAUAGGGAUCUGUUGGUGAGAACGACCACGGAAACCUCGAAAGAGAGCGAUUGA